CCGUGCCCGACACAGACCGCCCGGGAACAAAACGAGCGCACUACAAACCCUGCCCACGCGGCCGUAGAAAAUCCACCCCCGUUCCCGCACAGGCCAGACCUGGCUGAUUGACUUUUCGGUCCCGGCUGAGCGAGCUCACACACCCACACACGCUCCGCACCCCGUCUGCCUCACAUGUGGAACCGCCCCCACCCCCUCUCACACUCCCGUCCCGGUGCCCUCUCCCCACUCCUCCGCGUCCUCCCCCGCGCCGUCGCCGGGCCGCCGCCGCCGUCCGAGCACGACCGGAUCCGGGUGGCGCCGCCUCCGCGGAUGGACGCCACCUCGCCGUCGGGGCGCCCCACCACGCCUCGGCGGCAGCUGCAGCUGCAGGGCCCGCGCCCGCCGCGGCUCAGCGUGCGCCCCGAGUCUCACGCCAUCAAGAAGCCGUCCGGGGCGCCGCCGCAGGCCCAGGGGCAGGGCCACGCCCGGCGGGAGGAGAAGCAGCAAGGCCAGCCGCCGCGGGAGCCGGUGAUCAUCUACGACGCGUCGCCCAAGAUCAUCCACACCAAGCCCAGCGAGUUCAUGGCGCUCGUGCAGCGUCUCACCGGCCCCGGCUCUGGCGCGCUCCCCUCCGAGGCCCAGACCCAGGACUACCAGAUGGACGAGGCCGUGCCGGGGCAGUCCUUCCUGCCGCCGGAGCUUCUCCUCUCGCCGUCCGCCGCGAUGUCCCCGGCCGCGAGGCUGGCUACCAUCGAGCGGUCCGUCCGGCCGAUGCCCGCGCCGACGCCGGAUUACGUCGACUUCAAUAACUACAGAUUCGACGACGGCGGCCUCGCGGCGGUUCUCGGCGCGGGUAGGCCAGGGCCCGGCAUCCUCUCCCCUUUGCCGUCGUCCCUGCCGCCAGCCGCGGCGUCCGUGCUGUUCUCGCCGCUGCCGUUCGACCCGAACGGCCUCAGCUGGCUGAACGAGCUGAGCCCCAUCCUCCGAGCGGCGUCCACCGGCGCCGGCUCCUCAGGCAGCGGCAGCGGCGGCGGCGGGACUAGCAACGGCGGCGCUUACCGGCAACCACAAUCCUACUACUCCGACCCCUUCGUCCCGAGCCCCCGCAACCUCCUUGCCACGCCCACCGUGCCGUCGCCGCGAACCUUCGCGGAGCUCAUGAGCAACCUGCCAGAUCUCUAGGCCGCCGCCUCCGUCAAAGACGGCACCAGCGGCCGAAAUUUCUCUUUUUCUUUUCUUUUUUGCUUCUCCAUUUUUGGGGGGUUAGGCGCAGCCCGGUGUGGUGGGCCCCCGUAGUGAUGACAGGUUAAUUAGCGAAAAAUUAUCCUCUGGGUUUUAUUAAUUCUUGCUGGGCAACCACUUGCCCACUAGGCAGCGAGGAAAGGGGGAGGAAGGGGAGGAGAAAGCAAUGCCUAAAGUCAGCAGUGGUAGCCGAGGAAAUGAUUGUUUGAUAAUGCACCAUGACUUUAUUCUUUUA